AUGCAGGCAAAGGUCCGGCUGCCCUCGCCAGGCGAAGAGGCCACGCCGUUCCUGCUUCGGUGCUACGUCCAGCGGGCGCCCUUCCGGCCCAUCGCCGACUUUGACCCGAUCCGGCGCACGACGGACGAAUACAAGGUCUAUGUCUGGAGAUCGGCGACCCUGCGCGACAUUGCCAUACUGCUGCACCAUCAUGACCCGCGUCUGUCGGGUCCCACGUCGCUGCAUGCCUUUCGUAUUGUCUCCUUUGAUCCCAGACGGCACGGUUGGGUCGCGCGUGAGGCGGGUGCUGACGUUGCGCGCGUAGGACGCGAGACUGUCGAGGGCCUUCUGCUUGAUCACGAUGGUGCCGACGAUGCCGGGCACGAAAACGGGCAGCAGAAAGAGCGCAGCUGUUACGCAGACGUGCUUGCUUCAGCCCUUGGCGAGGUCGACGAAGCGGCCUGUCGCAGGACGCUCGACGAGAUUGGGCUUGUCGAUGGCGAGGUGCUCGACUGUGUCGUCCGAGAGCCAAGGGCGGGCAAAGCAGGGAUGGGCAUCGCGGGAUCUGCCUCACGGGGGAGAGGCUCUGGCGCGGCGCGAAGGCCGCCGGAUCGCUAUGCUCCCCCGCCCAGUUCAUUGAUCUCGCCGGAUGCUCAUCCAUGGGGGCCAGGGGGAAACGACCGCGCAGAGUCCUUGCGCGAGAGAGAUAGGAGGCCCAGAGGACGACCGCCGCUGCCGCCGCCGCCGAGAAGUCCACCGCGCGCUGGGGACGGAUUCGACAGGACAAUGCACAUGGAUAGGGAUGGAUAUGAUCGGGCAGCUUUGAAGGAAAGAGACAGGCACGGCAGGGCGCCGCCAGUAGACAGGGACGGGCACGGACCUGCGCAGUGGGGGAGGCGCCGCCAAGACUCGAGCUCGGACAGAGCACACAGGAUGCGCGAGGACGAAGAGCCGAGGCGAAGGAGGUCAAGGAGCCCGAGGAGAUGAGAUAGCUUCCCUUGUAUGUUUGUGUCAAUUGUAUUAUGGUCAUUCC